CGUGUGAAUUUUUCGAAACACGAGGAUGCAGUGUCGUCGAAGGUGGAAACGUGGGAUUAAUUUCGUCAUGAAUGAAUCACUCGGCGAGCUCGGAUCAUCCGCGGAUUAUUCGAUUUCUCUCCGGGAAUUUGGCAGAGCAUUAUCGAUCGCUGUGAAGGAAAGAGAGCUUGUGCGCGAGUCGCGUGGGGAAUCAACAGCUCGCGUAUCCCUGGUAACUUGGAAUUAAAGAGGCCGUCAGACGCAGAGACAACCGUUGAGUAGUAAUUGAACGUGAUUGGCAUGUGCCGGCAGAUCCAACAAAUCCGGUUCGAUUGCUACUCAACUGCUGUUCAGCUGUUGUCUCCGCCAAACGCACGGACCGAGUCGACUGUCGACGUAACCUGCGGUCUUGCCGACGUAUAUAAUCCACUCCGCUUUCGUUCUCCGCUUUCGUCAUUAUGGGUAACGAGGAGGUAGAUCUAAUUAGCUCCGCGAAACCCGAGAAGAAAACACUGCUCGAGAGGUACAACAUACCGGUCAACAAUCUCUCGUACGAAUUCAUCUCGGAGUGCUCCAACGCGAGGACGUUGGAGCGGAUCGUCCUCGUUCUGCGUUCUGGCGAAGAAGGAGUAUAUCCAGAUUUGACGAAGCAUGCGGAGGAGCGUCUCGCCAGGAUUAAGCCGACGAGUGCUAUUUUGAGAAAAGAGGAGCCAGUUUUGAGAAGGAACAUGCUGAGCCCGGAAAAACGGCGGGAAAUCGACGACGAGAUCGGCAAUUGGACGUGCGAGAUGCAAUCUCGCGAGAGAGACAUGGACGAAGAAAAAGCCACCCUCGUCAUCGAUGACUUUUCCUCGCAGCCGGGAAUUCGAAAGGCUAAACCGAACACGAAGGCCAGGAUCAACGAGAAGAGGCGUGUUAAGCCCAAACGAAUAUCCUCAUGUGAUUACGCGGCUUGGGAUAAAUAUGACGCCGACACGGAAAUAAACAGGAUAGACCUGCAGGACGAGCAGCGACAGGCCGAAAUGAAGAGAAUCCAGGAACGGCGUAAGGAGCUGGACAAAACGAGCAAGACGGCGCAUAAAACGGCAGUCGAUAAACGUUCGUUAACCGGCACGGAAUUGGACAUGAUGGCGACGCAAGAGAGAGAAAAGGGGAACGAAGCCUUCAGAGCGACCGAUUAUGAAGAGGCACUUCGACAUUACAACUUUAGUAUUGAGAUGGACUCGAAUAUAAUGGCUUACAACAAUCGAGCCAUGACAUAUAUAAAGCUGCAACGUUAUGAGGACGCGCUCAACGACUGCAAUAUGGUAAUUAGCAUGGAUUACACAAAUGUCAAAGCGCUUCUUCGCCGAGCACUAUCCUUGGAACAUCUCGAGAAGCUGCAGCAGGCUCUGGUCGAUUACGAAACUGUCUUGAUAUUGGAGCCGACUAAUAAAGCUGCGAUAUCGGGCGUGAACAAGCUGAGGAAACCGUGCGAAUCGAAGAAAACAAGAAUGAAGAUAGAGGAAGAGAACAUCAGCGACGGCGAAGACAAGGCCGAGCCGAUAAAAUCGAAGGAAACUGUGGAAAUGAAGAGCGCCACGCGGCCGAAACAGCGUGUUAACAGCAAUAUAUGUUACUGCGACCGAGCGCCGGGCUCGUCGCGAAAUGUCGCGACGAAGCCGCACAUAAAGGCGAGUUACUGCGUGGAAAGCAGCGAGAGCAGCAAAGCAGCAAACGCCGUUGCAAAUAAAAGCAACGCGAUGACAACGCGCGCCGCUGCGAGCGGCGAUAAAUUAUCACCUGUUGCGAAGGAUCCCGUUCGUGGGGAUAAAACGUCGAAAACGCGAGACGCCGGCGACAAGGGCGACGACAUUUUCACGAUUCGUCGCGAAUCGCUGCCCAGACCGAGCGCCGUAAAAGAUAGCCUGCAGAAGUCUAUUUUUUCGUAUAUGUCGUUGUCCCAAAAAGGUAAAUCGUCGGUUAUCAUCGAGGAACUUCCGAGCGAUGGAAUGUGCGACAAAUCGAGAAAAGUUGGCGAUUCCGACAAAGCGGGAGUGGAAACGAUGAAAGAAACGAAAGAUGAAAACGAUCCACCGACAAGAAUGCGCGCGGAUAAAAAUAAAGAAUCAAUUUCGCCCGUGAGAGUAAGCAAAACAAAGAAUAAUUUAACGUGCAAUAAGAAUCAGAUAGUUGACGAGAACCGAAGGAGAACGAUCAAUUUGAAAUGGACGUCCAGGUAUGAUUUCAGAAUCUCGAAGCAUUCCUGCGUAAUAAAAGAAGGAAAAAAUAUGAAAGAAAAUACGUCACAGGAGAAUUUUUUUCAGAGACUGGAAAAUGUCGAAUCGCCUUAUGAAUUCCUACGUUUGUGGGAAUCCUUGAAGAAUAAUACUAAUUUGCAGUUACACGCGAAGCUUUUGCGAUCUAUAGCGCACAGGGACUUGAAUAAAUUUAUAGGUAAUAAAUUGGAUGGAGCGAUGUUCAGUCUUAUUUUGCGUUGUUUGGAGCAACAAUUCUGUACACCGAAUGACAUGGAUUUACUUGCAGAUUUGCUAUAUUCAUUAAGCCAACUGAGUCGAUUUUCCAUCGUUAACAUGUUUAUGGAUUCUAAAGAUAAAAAAGCACUAGGCAAUAUAUUACGUUUCUUGGAAAUAGAAGAUUCACCAAGAACAUUGCAGUUACGUCAAAUUUACGUUACUUGAAGAUCGUCUCGACAUUUGUCAGCUCGACAUUUUGCUGUAUCAAUUAUCAACUGACAAACUGUCAAAUAUUAUUACGGAGUAAUGUUAUCAAGUUAUUGAUUUAUAAGUAACUAUAAGUCUCAAAUAUUUGGAUUUUACGUAUUAAUUUCAAGCAAGUCUAUGUCAGAAAAGAUAUAGACGAAUACUUACAUCAACUAUAAUUGAAAAUAUUUUG